AUGGAGGGGCCCAAAGAGGUUCCUGUUUCCGGUGUGUUCGCUGAGGGCGCCCAUUUUCAAGAUGGUCGGGCAGAUCCGGCGGCGCUAGAGCUGGACUCCAGUGCGCUAACCCGGCUGAAUCUCUUUGUGAAGUUCUACAAGACCAAAAUAUGCCCAUUCUACAAGAAAAAAAGAUGUGAAUGGGGGCACGACUGCAAGUUUGCACACGGUCGCAAGGAGCUCCGUUCUGGACCGGACCUUUCGAAAACGAGGAUGUGCCCUUCUCUGCAGCGUCAGGGGGGGGCGGAGCAAUCGAACGAAAUACGCCGGCGGGUAGUCAGCAUGGACAAACCCGCAUUGUUGCCUAUCAGUGCUAUAACGCCUGUCAACGAUGGAACCGGUUCCUCGAUCCCUGAGCCCAGGCAGUUUGGUGCCAGUCUGCCGCCUGCACGCCACGCCGAGAAUGAGGAAGUCGAGUUUUGCUUUCGGUUCUGGGUGCCACGUGGAGCCGUCGUCCGCCUGAAGAGUCUUCAGCCCGAAAUGGAUCGCACCCUUCCCGCUUGCGAAGAAAACGUGGCCGACAGCCACAGACUUGACACUGGCGUCGAUGCGGCGUUGUUCACAACGCUCGCCACGCUCCCCCCCGGUGUUCCUCGCAUGGUUCCCGACUAUCCUUCGAAAGACGUAGCUCCGUUUGGAGUGGCGCCACCUUCUUUCCCACAAGACCUAUUGAACAGUGCAAGAGGUCCGAUUCCGCAGGUCCAGCCGCAAGCGGACAUGAUGCCUAUCGACCUCUUGCCAAAGUUCUUAUCCGCGACCCUUGAUGUUGAAACGCCGACCUCCGAGCGGGAGGCAGCAUCUCCGAGUAGCGGCGGCAGCUCGUCGGAGUUCUUCCGGGAUUUCCCCUGCACGCCCUCGUUACUUGACCCGAGAGGGAGUUGCGAGGCGGUGGACACCGCUGGGUAUAUCAUGGGGAGACUUUUCUGGUGGGAAAGCUUCGACACAGAGCUCACCCUCAGCUUGUUUGGUGUUGUUCUGACAGGCCUGUGUCAAUGCUGA